AUGCGUCGUUUUCCGCUUCUUAUUGCGUUUUUGUUCUGCACCGACCGUGUAGCUUGUUUCGAAGCCGCCGGUGUUCACAAUUUGUCAUCCAUAUUUAACAACCAGCCGUCAAAGAACUGGGUUGUCCUUGUCGCUGGUACCAACACCUGGGAAAGUUAUCGACAUCAAGCGAACGUUUAUCACGCCUACCACAUUUUGCGUGCAAACAAAAUUCCAGCGGAGAAUAUAAUUACCAUCGCUUACGACGAUAUCGCCAACAAUCCCAAGAAUCCGUUCAAAGGCAAAGUGUUCCAUGACUACGAGCACAAAGAUGUUUACAAGGGUGUGGUAAUUGACUAUCGUGGAAAAGACGUCAAACCGUAUAUCUUCACUAUGGUAAUGACAGGCGAUAAAAGACUUGAAAAGGAAGGGAAGAAGGUGUUGAAAAGCGGUCAUGAUGAAAACGUUUUCAUCUAUUACACUGGCCAUGGUUUCCGUAACUAUAUCACCUUCCCGGAAGGAGAUCUCACUGCCGCGCAAUUGAAUGAUAUCCUCCUCCACUUGUACAAAAUGAAAAAGUAUAACAAACUGGUGUUUUACAUGGACGCUUGCUACUCUGGUUCUAUGUUUAUGGAUCUUUUUCCUCCAAAUGUGGGAAUCUAUGUGACAACAUCAGCCAACGAGAAGGAAGAAAGCUAUGGUGUUUUUUGUACGGAUAAGCAAAUCGGUGUUUGUCUAGCGACCGAAUACUCGUAUGCCUGGAUUACGGAUUCGGAACACAGUGACCUGAAAAAGCGAACACUGGAACAACAGUACCAGGAGGUGAAAAAGAGGACAAAAGCUAGUCACGUGAUGAAGUACGGUGAGAUGGCGAUGGGAGAUCUCCCAGUUGGGAAGUUCCAAGGUCAUUAUGAUGCACUGAUGCACCAGAAUGAUGUGGCCAAAGCAGCGAAAGUUGUAGAUAGAAAACUAUCGUCUCAUAUGCAUUUAUUCUCAAUAUCUCGACGCCUGAUGGAGGCCGCAACCGAAGAAGAACACGAAACUGCUUGGCGACGUCUACACCAUGCACUUCAGCUUCGCCACGUCGUCAAGGAAAAAUUUGGCGACAUCGUCAGGGAUGUGAUGAUCCAACAUAAGCCCAUGGUAAAGCGCUUAUCCAAGACGGAUAAGCUCAUAUGUUUCAAGGCAGUAUUCGAUCAAUUCCAGACAUAUUGUUUCACAAUUCAGCAGGUUCCAUGGUUAGCUCAGCUAUCAGUUCAACUAGUGGAGCUAUGCGAAGUCGGGUACGAGGACCAAGCCAUCAUCAAUUCUGUCCACAGCGUCUGCUCCUAG